AUGGUGCCCUCGAUGCACUACGCCACCAUCUUCUGGGCGUAUGCGGUCAUCAUUCUCGGCUCGAUGGGCGUCCAGUCGGGGGCGCAUCGACUCUGGGCCCACCGAAGCUACCAGAACGACCUCUACGAGUGGGUCCGCGACCACCGGGUGCACCACAAGUGGUCGGACACUGACGCCGAUCCGCACAACUCCUCGAGGGGCUUCUUCUUCAGUCAUAUGGGAUGGCUGCUCGUCCGCAAACACCCCGAGGUAAUUCGCAAGGGCCGCACCGUGGACCUGAGCGACCUGCUGGCGGAUCCAAUUGUGAUGUUCCAACGGCGCUUCUACAUUCCCCUGGUGCUGCUCAUCUGGGCGUACCUGCCGGCGGCUACCGCCGUCCACGGUUGGGGCGAAAGCUGGAGCAACGCCCUCUGCGGCGUAGUGGUCUUCCG